UGCAACUUUGCGCAUCUGUAAUUAGGAGCACGCGGCAGGCUUGGCCCGAGCUCCUCAUUAUUAGCCGGCUUGCACAAGCCGGUGAUAGCCUUCGCUUGCAAGAGUUUUCUCAACAACGUCGUUUUACCAUGUCGGAGCCCACUCCUAAGAAGGCUCGCGUUGGCUAUGCGCAUUCCCGGGAGAGCUUCAUGAAAGUGUAUGAGGUUCUUCGGGACGAGCUCCUCAACGACGAAUGCCUCUCUCCGGCGAGCGACAGCGCGCAAGCAAAGGCCGCGCAGGAAUGGUUCAAAGAGGUCAACGACUACAACGUGCCAGGCGGCAAGCUGAACCGCGGCAUGGCUGUGUACGACGUUUUGGCGUCCGUUAAGGGGGCCGAGAACCUGACGGAGGAGGAGGUCUUCAAGGCCAAUGCCCUCGGCUGGUGCAUCGAGUGGUUGCAAGCCUUCUUCCUGGUUGCGGACGACAUCAUGGACGGCUCCAUCACCCGCCGGGGGCAGCCCUGCUGGUACAAGGUGCCAAAGGUUGGCAUGAUUGCCUGCAACGACUACAUCCUGCUGGAGUGCUGCAUCUUCCGCAUCCUGCGCAAGCACUUCCGCGGCCAGCCCGCCUAUGCGCAGCUGCUGGACCUCUUCCACGAGGUGACCUUCCAGACCAGCCACGGCCAGCUGCUGGACCUCACCACGGCGCCCAUCGGCUCGGUGGACCUGUCCAAGUACACCUCGGACAACUACCUGCGCAUCGUCACCUACAAGACCGCCUACUACUCCUUCUACCUGCCCGUGGCGUGCGGCAUGGUGCUGGCGGGCAUUGAGGACCCCGCCGCGUACGAUCUGGCCCAGAAGAUCUGCGUUGAGAUGGGGCAGUACUUCCAGAUCCAGGACGACUACCUGGACUGCUACGGCGACCCCGAGGUGAUUGGCAAGAUCGGCACCGACAUCGAGGACAACAAGUGCUCCUGGCUGGUGUGCACGGCGCUGCAGAUCGCAUCGGAGGAGCAGAAGGAGGUCAUCAAGACCCACUACGGGCGCAAGGAGGAGGAGUCGGUUGCCGCCAUCAAGGCUCUGUACGUGGAGCUGGGCCUGGAGCAGCGCUUCAAGGACUAUGAGGCGGACUCCUACGCCAAGCUGGAUGCCACCAUCUCGGAACAGACGCUGCUGCCCAAGCAGGUCUUCACCUCGCUGCUCGCCAAGAUCUACAAGCGCAAGAAGUAAACGAAACCAGUCACCUUGCAAUUCAGAGCUCGUGCGGGCGUCGUGCCUGCUUGGAUAUACGCCAUAUGGCUCCAGUGUUAUAGAGCUGGCUGCUGACAUUUUGACGGAUCCCAGGAGGGGUUGCGAACGAACUCGUUUUGUGUGGACCCAUGGGUCGGCACGUUCUUGGCCAUGUUACGGUCCCGUAUGUUGCGGAGAUAACUUAGCGGAAUUGCUAUUGCUUUGGUGGUGGUAUUUAGAGGCAUGAAGCCAAUGUGCCGCGGCGCUGGUGCGUGUGGACGCAGGUGCACCUUGGUGCUUACUUAGGACGCGGCUUCGUGAUGGAGCGGGAGUGCGUCUUUUGGGGGGGGGGGAAGUACUUUUUGGGCCCUGGUGUGGGCACGGUGCUGCAGGUUUGUAAAGGGCAGUGGUGGUAUAGAGCGAUUUUGGGGUGUCCAACUGAGGCGAGGUCUGUGCUGCUGUGUAUGGACCGCGGUGAUGGACACAGCGCCGAGGGAACUGCGCUUGGAAGCCUCCCAUAAGGGGCUGUGACGUGUUUUUGGGGUCAGCAACUUUUCACUCGGCUCAAUCGCAUGCUGCUUUUGGUACGGACCGGCGUAACGAGCCGGGUUAGGAGACGCCAGUACUGCGUUACAAACGAGGGUUCUCUCCACAUUGCUGGAAGACGCAGGUCUAGUUGUGGGUGCGGGACAGCGGAUCUCUGUUUGGCAGUCCACUUCUAUGUUCGGUGCUUAACAGGAUGCAGGAGGGCGUGCGCGUCAAGAAAGAAACGGCUACAAUUUUGAAGCGUGGUCACGUUCCCCGCAUGAACACCUUUUUAUUUAUCGUUAGCCGAGUAACGACCCACCC